UGUUACUUUCUCUCCAACAAUCGAGUCAUCCCUUCCCCGUCCUCAUGCUUGAUCUUUCUUGCGCAAGGCGUUAUCGGCCAUUCCAUUCGUUAUAAUAAGCUGGACUGUGAAAUCGCGCAAUUCCCAUCGCUACUCAGUGGCAUUCCGACCACUCGGUGCCACGUCUCUCACAUUGACAAUCACCUUCUUCUUCCCAUCGUCCAUAUUUGUUUUCCGUUGCGAUACGUCCAUUAGAGACUGCACAUAUUGAUACAGGACAUAUACUGUUUGAUCUACUCUUGGACAAAGCUUGUUGCUGGAUUCGGAGUGCGUCAAGGGCGGCCGGCUUGCCCAUCUGCGCUUUUCAACCUUCGGACUUGUCCCGCACGACCAAUAUCAUUCAAUCGAUUACUUGUGCGUGUUUUUGUGAGAUAUCUAGCUGUCGACUUCGCCUUGGAGAGAGUUGUUUUGCCGCUGCGUAGAUGAUGAAGCUUCAAUCGGUGUUGUGUCCGCGCCAAUGGACGAUAUGGCUGUUAUUCGUCUCCCACGCUUGCGCGUUCUACAUACCAGGUUACUCUGUCACGCGCUAUAACGACGACGAACCCAUCCCCCUCCUCGUCAACAAGAUCUUUUCGGACCACACGCAGCUACAGUAUGCCUACUUUGAUCUUCCAUUCGUGUGUCCGCCAAGCGGAAAGAGCCAUGGUGGCUCGCCGUUCGGCUCGGGAAAGAGUGUCUCGCUCAACCUGGGAGAGAUCCUCCGCGGCGAUCGUAUCAUGACCUCGGAUUUCGAGCUUCAUAUGGGCAGGAAUGUGGAAUGCCAGAAACUCUGUACAGUGGAAGUGGGACGGAAGGACGUAAAAUGGGGCCGGCAACUCAUAAGGGAAGGAUAUGUGGCGGAAUGGAUUGCGGACAAUUUGCCUGGAGCAACGAGUUUCGUCACCGUCGACCGUAGCCGCAAAUACUAUGCCACCGGAUUCAAGAUUGGGGACCUGGACUUCUCACCUGGCACCGGCAAGCCCCUGGUGGUCGGUUUUGAGAUCUAUCCGAAGAGCAUCAAGGCUAGCGAUUAUGAGGAAGACGGAUGUCCUAAACAAGUGCAUGGCAAACACGAGGGUCUGGAACUAUACAUUCCUCCUAAUCUGUCGAGGCUGAAGGAGAUGUAUCCUGAAUCGUCGUAUCUUCCCAAGGAGGAUGAUGAGAUAGACGAUGGUGCCAAGCUGAAGAUCCCAUACAGUUACUCGGUCUACUUCAAAGAAGAGCCUGGUAUUGAGUGGUCGAACCGCUGGGACCUUUACUUCAAUAGUCAAGGCGAAAGUUCGAUGACACAUUGGCUGGCUGUUCUGAACUCUUUGAUCAUAUCGGGUGUCCUUGGUGUGGCGGUCUAUGUGAUCUGGGGUCGGACGGUGCAAGGAGAUAUCAAGGGUCGCGGAGACGGCGCUAUGGAGGACGGCAAGAUCAAAUUACGUUCCAAUUCAACGGAGAAGAAAGGAGAAGGCCUCCUAGAUCAAGGCAUGGAUGUUGAGCGGGAUGCCGACGGAUCGUCUGAUGACGAAGGUCUGGAAGAUGUGAGCGGAUGGAAGCUCCUCCAUGGAGACGUUUUCCGGGUGCCCGAGUAUAGCGGUCUGCUAGCGCCAUUGGUGGGCUCAGGCAUGCAGCUCUUCUUCAUGGUGUCUGGGCUGUUGAUCCUCAGUUGCUUGGGUGUCUUGAAUCCCAGUUUCCGAGGUGGAUUUGUUAGUGUGGGCAUGGGUUUGUUCGUCUUUGCUGGCCUUUUCUCCGGAUAUUUCUCUGGGAGGUUGUACAAGACUUUCGGAGGUGUCCAUUGGCGAAAGAAUACUCUCAUCACCGCUCUUUUCUUCCCGGGGCUGAUCUUUUGCCUCAUCUUCAUACUGAAUCUAUUUGUCUGGGCACAAGCAUCGAGUACGGCCAUUCCUUUCGGCACAUUGGUCGGCAUGCUUGCAUUAUGGCUUCUCAUUCAAGUUCCUCUGGUAUACCUUGGCAGCUGGUACGGCUUCGUGCGAGCCAAACCAUGGGAACAUCCGACCAAGACGAACUCGAUCGCGCGCCAGAUUCCGCCUCAACCGUGGUAUUUGCAUAGCAUCCAGGGAGCUGCCCUCACCGGGUUACCUCCAUUUGCUGUCCUGUUCAUUGAACUACUCUUUGUGUUCAAGAAUUUGUGGCAGGACAAGAGUGGCUAUUACUAUGUUUUCGGCUUCCUCAGCGCUGUAUCGACGAUUGUGAUUAUCACGGUAAGCGAAGUGACCAUCAUCGCAACGCACAGCCAGCUGUGUGCCGAGAACUAUCACUGGUGGUGGCAGAGCUUCCUGACAGGUGGAAGCAGCGCCUUCUGGGUGUUUGCUUACUGCAUUUGGUACUACUUCUUCCAUCUCCACAUCACAGGCUUUGUAUCAAGUCUGCUCUUCUUCAGCUACAGCUUCCUGGCUUGUGCGGUGUACGGCUUGCUGACAGGGACCGUUGGAUUUCUGACGGCAUACACCUUCAUCCGGCGUAUCUACAGUUCGAUCAAGAUCGAUUGAUUUGACAUACAGUCUAUAGUCAGUCUGCAGGCGCUUCCCUGCAGAAUUAAGCUUGUAACAUGUUCACUGCGCCCUUGAUUUCUCUGAACAGCAUUGGAUAAGUAUAUUUUGAUUAGCGUUCAACUGCAUGCAGUUCCAUUAUCAGCUCUUAGUACAUGAACAACUAUAGCCCAUUCUUCACUGUUGUAAUGUUGUCUCAAGUCAGCGACUGGUUCGCUGUUUUCCGUUUGUACUCGUCCAAUAUAACCACGAGGCGAGAGAUAUAUAGUUCAA